GGACGGAGCCGGCGGCCGAGGGGAGAGCGGAGGCACCCCGCGCUCCGGCCCCUCGGUCGGCGGCCCCGCCUCGGGCGCACCGACGUCAGCGCGCGUCAGGGCCGAGCCCCUCGCCCUCCCUCCGCCGCGGGUUCCGCUCUCCCGCCGCUCCUGCUCCCCGCGUCCCGCCUUGGGCUCCCGCAGCCGCCGCCCCAGCCCGGCCCGGCUCCCGAUCCCGCUCCGCUCCCCGACAGCCGCGCAGCGCGAAGAUGGCGGCGCUCAAACUCCUCCUGCCGCCCCUCGGCCGCCGCAUCCUCCUGCCCGCGGCGCGCAGGGCUGAGAUCUGUGGAUGCUAUUUUUCUACCAGCUGUCAUCGCAACACCAAAUUUUACACUGAUCCUGUUGAAGCUGUAAAAGAUAUACCCAAUGGGGCAACUAUACUUGUUGGUGGUUUUGGAUUGUGUGGGAUUCCUGAAAACCUCAUUGGGGGUUUACUGAAGACUGGGGUAAAGGGAAUAACAGCAGUCAGUAACAAUGCAGGUGUUGACAAUUUUGGACUCGGUCUUCUGCUUCAGACAAAGCAGAUAAAACGCAUGGUGUCAUCGUAUGUUGGAGAGAACGCUGAAUUUGAACGCCAAUAUUUAUCUGGUGAGCUUGAAGUUGAGCUUACACCACAGGGUACACUUGCUGAACGUAUUAGAGCAGGAGGAGCAGGAAUCCCAGCAUUUUACACCAGUACUGGCUAUGGGACGCUGGUGCAGGAAGGGGGUGCACCCAUCAAGUACAACACAGAUGGCACCAUUGCCAUUGCCAGCCAGCCGAGAGAGGUGAGGGAGUUUGAUGGCCGUCACUUUAUUCUAGAGAAAUCUAUUACAGGAGAUUUUGCUCUUGUGAAGGCAUGGAAGGCUGAUCGUGCAGGAAACAUAAUUUUCAGGAAAACUGCAAGAAACUUCAACCAACCUAUGUGCAAAGCUGCAAAAACAACUGUAGUAGAGGUAGAAGAAAUUGUUGAUAUAGGAGCAUUUGCCCCAGAAGACAUUCAUGUUCCCAAAAUCUAUGUUGAUCGUCUGUUACAAGGAGAGAAGUUUGAGAAGAGAAUUGAACGCUUAUCAAUCCGAAAGCCUGAAGACUCGACAGCCAAACAAAAAAAAGGAGACAAUGUGAGAGAGAGGAUCAUCAAACGGGCUGCAUUAGAGUUUGAGGAUGGCAUGUAUGCUAAUCUGGGUAUUGGAAUCCCACUGUUGGCCAGUAACUUCAUCAGUCCAGACAUAACUGUUCACUUACAGAGUGAAAAUGGAGUUCUGGGUUUGGGUCCUUAUCCACUUGAAAAUGAAGUAGAUCCAGAUCUGAUUAAUGCAGGUAAGGAGACAGUCACUGUUCUUCCAGGUUCUUCCUAUUUCUCUAGCGAUGAAUCAUUUGCAAUGAUAAGAGGGGGCCAUGUUGAUUUGACAAUGCUUGGAGCUAUGCAGGUGUCUAAGUACGGCGACCUGGCCAACUGGAUGAUUCCUGGUAAGAUGGUGAAAGGAAUGGGGGGUGCAAUGGACCUGGUAUCCAGUGCGCAGACCAAAGUGGUUGUCACCAUGGAGCACUCAGCCAAGGGAAAUGUCCAUAAAAUCCUGGAAAAAUGCAGUUUACCACUUACUGGGAAACAAUGUGUUGACCGCAUCAUUACAGAAAAGGCAGUGUUUGAUGUGGACAAGAAGAAGGGAUUGACCCUCAUAGAAAUCUGGGAAGGACUGACAGUAGAUGAUAUCAAGAAAAGCACUGGCUGUGACUUCGCAGUUUCACCGAAACUAAUACCAAUGAGGCAGAUUUAACUGAGAAUUACAGACUGGGAUUCAUUUGCAAGAAGGCUUGUUUCCAAACCGGAGAAAUUGAUGACUGUCUUGCAAUGUUACCUUUUUUUUUGUUUUCUUUUUUUUUUAAGGGCUCUCUAAGUAGUUUCCAGAUAGUUAAACUCAGGCUGUGACUGUAAGCCUAAUUGUAUUCUGCUUUCAUAACCUUACCAACUUUAAUGGAAUGGUGAAUAUAUUCUCUACGUUUUGAAUCAUGUUAUAGUAAAAUGUUAAUGAUCAUUGUAAAAAAAAGAAAAAAAAUGCCUUGUAGUCUCUCUGCCAAAUACUAGGGUUUUUUUACACAGAAUUAGAAAAAAAUAAUGCAAAACUUAUGAUUGCCUCUUUGUUUGCUGAUAUCUGUUGCUCUGGAACUAUAGCACUUAUCAUGUCCAUUCUCCUAUAAAAGUGUGGGUCUUUCUUUUCUGGAGUGGUCUAUAACAAAUAUAUGUAUCUGUAGAAAGAUAUUGGGAAUAUGGACUUUCCUUUUCCUGAACCUUUUCAUCAGUCUGUAACAAAAUUGUUUAAACCAGUGGAAGCAAUUGGGACCUAAAUAUAUCUGCUGUUUCCACAGUGUGUGUCUGUUGGUACUGAGAGGCCUACACCUCCCAGAGUCCAACUGUGGCCCUUUAUAUUUCAGUUAUACAAACUAGAAUGGGGCUAGUGUGAAGGAGGAAGAUGAAAAAAUGUCCAUCCUCAUGCAGACAACUGGUAGCUGCACAAUUUCCCACAUGAACUGCUCUUAUUCUCCAGAUAUAAUGCUUCCCCUCAGCUCCCAGUCAAAGGCAAAUUAAUAUAGUUAAUGGAGUCAGGUCUGUCCUUCCAGUGUCUCAUAGAGAAACAGAGGAAGAGAAGGUUGUGGACACUUUGAAGAGUUUUCUAGAGUGAAUACAGAUGGUUAAAGGUAAAAGCAAUAUGCACCACAUGUCAAUCAAGGCACCAGAAAAAUCUAAAGAGUUUGGAACCCAAUUUCAUCAUAUCUUGAGACAAUCAAGAUGAAAAGAUAUUAUCUCAGAGUCAUUUUGAUGAAGGUCUUAUUUUUUCCCUGUUGAUUACAAAAUAAUUUUUAUAUUUUGUUACUUUUGCAAACAGAUAAUAUGACAGCUUUGGUCUCACAUACCAAAUCAGUACAAUAUGUCUUUAUUAUACAGAGCAUGAAUUGACUGGAAAUCAACAUUUACUAAAAUACAAUGUUCUCUCCAAUAUAAUGGUUUCUGUCAUUUCUGUCAUUUAUAUAAAUAGGAACAUGUAAAACACUUCACUUAAAAUAAUUCCUCACAUAAUGUGUGACAUUAGGACUGGGGCAUAUUAAGUGACUGAAAAACAAGUAAAAUGUAGAUGAACAAGAAGAAGUUUACAUAAUGCCUAUCAUACAUGUAAUAAGCAUGUUUAGCACAUGACAUAGAAAUUCUAAUAUUAAGUGAAUAAAGGAUUCCCCAUAAUCAAUGUGUGUAAUGGAAGGAAUGUAACACAUUUCUUGGGCAACCAGACAGAAAAAUCAUGCAAUAUUAAGCUCUUGUGUUAGCCUUUAUACAGCAUUUUUGCAUUCUAAAAUAUGAAAUGCUUUUAUUUUAUGGAAACAGCUACAAAAUUUGUCUUGAUCCACACACGGGUUUUACAGCAGUAAAACUGCUUCAAUUGGAGGUAUUACAUUGUAUAGUUGCACUCACCCUAAACUGUUCUUUGAUAAUCUCUUGUCAAUACCAUAACAAGCUACCCUUCAUCCCAGAAAGAAAUAAACAAAAUGCCUUUGUAAACACCAUUAUGCCAGUACAAAAGUAUUCCCAUAAUACUAAACUGUGACUUGAACUCGUGCCUGCUAGUGGGUGGUAGGCCACAGUGUAGCCUGCAUCUAUAGGCAAGACCUGAUGCUGAGCCUGUGGGAAAGAUGUGUGUUGUACAAAGACCAGUGUUAAUUUCAUCAUUAAUGUAUACAAAUGAUUUGGUUGAUAGGUAAUUUUCAUCAGAGACUUGAAACUACAUUUAUCAUAGUGCUCCAAGAUAUCUUAACACAGCAUGUUAAUUUUCACAUGUUUUCUCUGUUCAGACUAUUUAGCUGAAUUCCCUGUGUUACUCACUCAUUCCACACGAGUUAAAUUUGACCAUUUUUUCUUCUGUGGAGGUAGACUCAAGUUCUGCUCACAGAGGUUUUGAAGAUUAAAAAUCUGUAUAUUAUAAAACCUGACUAUUUUAGCUCACUGUAAACAGUUUCACUUUUGAAUAGAGCAGCCCAGAGGCCUCUUCCCUAAUCCAUGAAGACACUUCAGUAACAGUUCUGACUCUUGUGAUGUUACACACAGCAAAAGGUGCCUGUCUUUACCUUCUGAAAAGCUACUCUGAGGGAGUGGGUGUAGUCUCUGAAAGCGUUUUGUUCAUCUUCACUCAAAACUUUUGUAUAGAGUACCCAAAAUGGAUGAUGGUUUUAGGGGAGAAUUAUAAAAACUAUUGUAAAAGGGACGGCAGUUACUGUUAACUUAGCCAGAGGAAAAUUACCCCACAAAACCAAAAAGACCAAAGAGCACAAACGUUUAAAUAGAUGGGCAAGUCUUAAAGAAAUCUAUAAAUGACAAUGUUGAUCUAUUGCAAUUAUCUAUGCUACAUUAGUUGUAGAACUGAUUAGUUAAUUCUAGUGAACUUUUACACAUCUGUGAAGUAUAGGAGGAGUGUCUGAGGGCAGGAUCAGGUGUACACUGCUUCUGCCACAGAACUUCACUUUGCUGGUACACGCACAGAAGCCAUUGUUGUCAUUAAUACAUGGCUAUAAAAAAAGACUAAUGACCUGUUAAUGUCUGGGAGUUUAGCACCUUGGUUUCUGAGUCAAAGAAUUAGGACCCAAGAACUCCUGAUUUUCAGCUUUUCUGGUUCUCCACGUACUGCCUUGUGGAAUGACAGCUGUGUUCUCUGCCUUGUCUCCUGUUGCUGGAAAAGGGGAUGUUUUUCUUCCUACCUCACAGGGAUGUUGUGAGGAAUAAGAAGCUAAGGUCUGUGCAAGAGGUUAUUUGUUUCUCUCCAACUUGGGGAUCACACUUGAUCAAGAGUGUGGAAGAGUACUUGAAGACUGUCAUACGUGCUGUACAUUUGAGUUCUGUGUCUUAUUUGUGUCAGUGUUAAUGCAAGAGAGCAAAAGUACAUGGUGCUGAAAAUUGGGGAUAAAAGGAGAACAGGCUCUCUCCAUAUACAGCAGUGAUGCUGUCGCAACAGGAGACAUGUAUGUCACACAUGAAUUUUUGUAUCUUGAGGACAAAAGAUUGUGUUAAAAUAUUGGUAUUGUUAUGAAAAUGUCAUGAGUUUGCACAAGAUAAUUGCAACAAGCUUUGAAUCCACUUUUAAAAUUCAUUUGUUAAGCAAAAUAAAAAUUAAAGCACUCCUAAGUAUUUCCCUCUCUGUGGGCACAAGUGUGGUUCACAGGUAAGGUAUACUCUGAGCAGUAGUUGCAAUAGUUGGCAUUGCAGAGAUUAAGGUUUAUAGGGACUGAAAUCAUUCCCUGCUUGAUAGCACUUCACAAACAAGGACAGUUGAUAGUCUUGUUCUGAAGAAGAUGAUGAUUCUGCUAUAUUAUCACAUUGGACUCCACUUUAUAUUUUAUUGAUUUUUUUGUCCUUGAAAAAAGAAAAAAAUGUAGAAAACAUAGCUGUGCUGUAAACUCUGCAAACUAAACAUCAAAGUCCUUCCUAUGUAUUUGCAAAACAAUCAAUAAAGUUUUAAAAUUGCA